AUGCAUUUCAAGAUAAGACUAUUAUUGAUCGCCUGUGCAAUUGCUGCAGUGGCUUCAGGCUGGGACAACGAGGUGCCAGCGCAACGAUCGUACAUGUAUGUUGGAGGACGGUAUAUUCCGAAUGGCGCCGGCGAACAUGUCUUCACAGAUCAGAUGUACGUGGAAAAAUUGACCCCAGCCACCGGGGUCACCAAGCCGUAUCCGAUUAUCUUCAUCCAUGGACAAGCUCAGACAGGCACAAACUGGCUCAACAAGCCUGAUGGAGGAGAGGGCUGGGCCUCCUAUUACCUCUCUCAAGGAUAUGCAUGCUAUAUUAUCGACCAAAAAUUUCGCGGUCGCAGUGCCUGGUUCCCUGGCAAUGGGACGCUGAGCACCUAUAGCGCUGAGUUAUUGCAGCAGCGCUUCACGGCCACUGGAUUGUAUAACCUCUGGCCACAGGCGUCCCUGCACACCCAAUGGAAUGGGACAGGAGUUAUAGGCGAUGCAAUUUUUGACAGGUAUUACUUCUCAACGGUUGAAUUCUUCAAUUCUGCUACGUACCAGCAGUCGACCGUCCAAGCUGCGGGUGCCGCCCUGCUUGACAUCAUCGGAUCCCCAGUCAUCCUCCUCUCACACUCCCAGGGUGGAAUAAUGCCUUGGCUUAUUGCUGAUAUGCGCCCUAAACUCGUCCACUCCAUUGUCUCGCUUGAACCAACUGGUCCUCCCUUUCAAGAAGCCAUUUUUAGCAACACUCCCACGCGCGUCUAUGGGCUUGCUGACAUCCCCCUUACAUACUUUCCUGCCGUGACUGACCCCGCCGUGGACCUCGUGAAACAAGUCAUCCCGUCCAACACGUCGCUAUACUCCGACUGCGUUAUUCAGGCUGAUUUGCCUCUACCCAGGAAGCUCAUCAAUCUUGCUCAAGUUCCUGUCUUGGUCCUGACGACUGAAUCGUCUUAUCACGCGCAGUAUGACUGGUGCACCGUCCGGUUUCUGCAGCAAGCCGGCGUCUCAGUACACCAUCUCCUGUUGGCAAAUAUCGGCAUUCAUGGAAAUGGACAUAUGGUGUUCAUGGAGAAGAAUAGUUUGGAGGUUGCUGCUGUUCUUCAGAAGUGGAUGGAGCGGAUGUAA